UUGUAUUCUAAAAAGUAGUGAGACUUCAGACUAGGGAUGUACUCUCCUUCAUUCCCAGGGAUAUAAAACUGGUUUGCUUCAGCAUCUUUCAUGGUGUGUUGGAAAUGAAAGUCAACUGGGCAAUUUAGUGUCCUCAGAAAACAAAUCUCCGGGAACUAUGCCUUUAAACACUUUUUCUGUGCUACUGUGCCAUUCAGGUUUAUGUAGCAAGUGGUACAAUUAAAUUUUCUUUGCUCUUGCACCAACUCCUACAUGAAAAACAAAAAUAUUUGUGCAGACAAACACAUUAGUAAAAUUGAAAAGACAAACCACCUACAGACACAGCUCCUCAGUACCCAGAGCUUCCUGAACAGGGAAUUUUAUUACUCAGUGCUUUCAAAUUUGUCUUAGUGUAAAACCUAGUAUUAGAAAAGCACAUGUGGUUGAUUGUGAGUUCAGUUGUUCUAUCUAAAAGGUGCGUGAAAUGUCGAAAGUAACAGUGUACUACUAUUCAUGCAUUUGCAGCACAAAAAUUUGAAGAAAUAAAUACUGUAGGUUUGAAAUUGAAUUGGGGAGUGUAAAAUUCUGAAGUGGGUAAAUUUUGCUUGCUAUCCAUUGGAAGGAGCAGUAAGUUUUAUAUUUCAACAUUGAUUCAUGUCUGCUACCAGCAUUUUAAGAGAUUGGACAGUUAGAUACUUUGCUAAAACCAGCUGUCUGACUGCAGCUUUGGUGUACUUGAGUGUGCAUUUGCAGUUUGAAGGUGUCAUGGUCUUAAUUACAAAAAGAGAGAAAAUCUUUGAAAAGUCUGAAGUGAUGCUGGCUGCAUUGAUCCCAUGCUAGAUUAGAAAGUGCCUUUAAAUAAAGGCAACAAACUGUGAUUGAAUAACUUAUUUCCUAAUUUGGAGAAAAUCUUUGGCAUGAAUAGAAGACUUUCCUAAAUCUAAUUAGUUUUGCUUUAGCUGCCUGUAGUGUCUGUAGAUAGCAAUUGUGCAUUGGUCAAACAACAGCAUAACUGGCUUGAUCAGUGCUAGAACUUGUGAAACACACAAAUACCAUCAGUUAUUCAUUAUUUCUUCAGAAGCCUUUGCUAUUUUGAGUAAAGUCUGUGCCUGAAGAUAUUUUACAGCAAAACUGAAACAGCCAAAAGAAGAACAACGAAAGGAAAUGUUUUCUGUAGUUUUCCCUUUUUGAAGAAAUAUGCAAAUGCAGGAAGAAAGUGUUUAAUGUGUUAUGAAGACAGUGUGUAAAGACAAAACAACCUAAAUGUUGAAUUUGAGUGUUAGAUGCAUACCUUGGCUGGUACCAAGCUAAAUACAAUCUGUAUCUGUUUUAAACCUCAUCUGGCAUCAGCCUCUGGAGAGUUUUCAAUAAGGUGUGUUAAGGCCACAAUCUCAGUUUUUUGUUAAAGGUCUGGGUUUUAGAAAAUUCUUUAAUGCCUUGUUCAGAAUUUUGCAAAUAUGCUGCAAUUAUUCUUACCAAAGGAGGCUGCACAGGAUUUUAAUGUCAGUACUUCAUGGCAUGAUUUGCAGUGCGUGCCCAGUACCCACCAGGUGCCCCUGUCAGGAGCAGAGCCCUUUGAAUCAGUCACACCGAAAAGCCCUGGGUGUAGAGAUUGAUUCAUCCCCAAGCCAAGCAGGUCACAAGUCCUGUUGGCUUCGUUAAACCUUGUCUUAGGCUACCUGACUGUUGAAAGGAUUCGUACUUCAAAAUGCAAUUUGUAUUUCCUCUGAUGCAGGGCAUGCGUGCAAGAGAACUUUCCCAGGGGCAGGGUGGUGGUGAACUCGUGUAUCCUAGAUAAGAGUGUUGGCUCGGGAGCAGCAGAAUCACAGAAUCAAUGAGGUUGCAAAAGACCUCUGAGAUCAUCGCGUCCGACUUGGGGCCGAUCACCACCUUGCAGCCGGACCAUGGCACCGAGUGCCACAUCCAGCCUUUCCUUAAACAGCUCCAGGGCCGGUUCCUCCACCGCCUCCCUGGGCAGCCCCUGGCCGUCUCUCACCACCCUAAGGGCAGAAUUAGCAGCCGCUGUCCCCGCAGCUGUCCCGGCUCAAGGGCGGCUGUUGUGUGAUGACAGCGCUGCUGUCCGGCGCGGUUCUACAUCCCUGCACAUCGGCAAACCCAUCUCUUCAAGGGGCAGAGGAGGUGUUUUGGGGUUGGAUGAAAGCAGCCCCGGCCCUCUCCAUCCCCGUGCCCGGUCCUUGAGCCCCACACGGUGUGGAGCUGUGACCGCCGGGAGCGCCCCGCUCCUCUCCCCGCGGAGGUGCCGUGGAGGGACCGAGGGCGCGGGGUGUGGGGGCUCGACGGGGCGGGGGAUCCCUGUCCCGGGCCGUGAGGGCAGCGCCGGCGCCCUCGCCUCUCCAGGGCGCGGGGAGAGGGCGGCGAGGACACCGCCCGCUGUCCUCGGCUCCGCCGCCCCGCCCCGGGCGCGCAGGUGUCGCACGGGGUGGGAUGUCCGCGGUGCCAUGGCGGGGGCUGCGAGGGACACCCCGGCGGGCGAGCAGGAGGGCUACAGGCUCUCGAUGUGCAGCAAGCUCUGCUAUGCCAUAGGAGGUGCCCCAAACCAAGUGGCAGGGAGUGCUGCUUCUUUCUUCCUGCAGAUCUACCUGCUAGACAUCGCCCAUAUUACUCCGUUUCAUGCCUCUUUGGUGCUGUUCAUUGGCAAAGCCUCAGGUGCAGUUACUGAUCCUGUUGCUGGCUUUUUUAUUAGCAAAAGUAGAUGGACAAAAAUUGGCCGACUGAUGCCUUGGGUGCUGGCAUGUACACCCUUCACGAUAGUCUCUUAUUUUUUAAUGUGGUACCUGCCUCCGUUUGUCUCAGGAAGAGUUGCUUGGUAUCUGACUUUCCACUGCCUUUUCCAGGCACUGACCACAUUGUUCCAAGUACCAUACUCUGCCCUCACCAUGUUUCUCAGCACGGACCAGAAGGAGAGAGAUUCUGCAACAGCGUAUCGAAUGACCAUGGAAGUGCUUGGGACCUUGAUUGGAGCUGCACUUCAGGGGCAGAUUGUGGCCAGCGCUCACGUCUCUCCCCACUGCGCUGUGAAUCCCUCAGCAAACACCACUGACUCCUGGCAUGACACUCCCAGCAUUCCAGACCCCUCAGAUCCCCUGUCUCAUCAAGCAAAAGUUUACAUGAUUGCAGCAGGGGUCAUAGCAGGUGUGUAUCUCCUUGGAAUUGUCGUUCUUUUUCUUGGAGUAAAAGAAAGGGAUGAUCCAUAUGCCUUAAAUUCAGACAGAGCAAUUCCUUUUUGUAAGGGGCUUGCACUCACCAUGAAGCAUGGUCCAUAUGUGAAGCUUACAGCUUCAUUUCUUCUCAUCUCGACAGCAGUUCAGCUGGAGCAGGGAAACUUUGUCCUGUUCUGCACUCACGCUGCUGGCCUCCGCAAUCACUUCCAGUAUUUGGUGGUGACCAUCUUGGUAUCAGCAGUGGUGAGCGUUCCCUUCUGGCAGAAGUUUCUGCAGAGAUUUGGCAAGAAGUGUGCAGCAUGUGGGAUUUCGUGGGUGCCCUAUGUGGAGAAGAAAUUAUCUACUCAAAACCUGAUCCUGGCUUACUUCGUGGCCUUCGUCUCUGGUCUGAGCAUUGCAGCAUCUCUUCUCUUGCCAUGGUCAAUGCUGCCUGAUGUUGUUGAUAACUUUCGCCUUCAGAAUCCUCAUGGGAAAGGACAUGAAACCAUUUUCUAUUCUUCUUAUGUUUUUUUUACCAAGAUGUCAGCAGGAAUUGGCUUAGGAAUUUCUGCAGCAGGACUGGAGUUUACUGGGUACAAGCCAGGGAUAUGCAGACAGUCAGAUGAUGUGAUCCUCACACUGAAACUCCUCAUUGGAGCAGUCCCUGCCAUCCUCAUCCUUUUAGGUUUAUUUAUACUUCUUUUCUACCCCAUCACUGAAGAAAGUCGGAAAGAAACAAAGCUUGCCCUUGAAGAGUUAAGGAGAAGCCAUCAAAACACAGACAGCUUGGACAGCCACAAAAAGGACACCUCUGUCUGAAAGCUCUGAAUGCAGUGGCUUUCCAAAUACAGACUCACAUCCCAUCAACAACUCUGUGAGAGUUUUCUAGGUCAUUUCUCUGCUCACAUUUUAUCAAAAAGUACAAAGGAUGAUUCUGACAUAGCCAGUAAUGAAAUCAAGAGAGGAGACCCUGGUGCAAAUAUACACCUAACUCCAUGUACUGUGCUAGAAAAGACAUUGCACAUGUUCAGAAAUGCAAGCUAUUGAAGGCUUGGGGAUUUUUGUUUGGUUUUUUUCAGUGAUUCAUGGGAAGCUGUGAUCCUGUUCAUGGGAGAUUUUAUGCAUUUGUAAAUUAAGAGAAAAAAAAAAAAAAAAGAGUAAAUGUGACCAGAGCAUCUUUGAAGGUUCUGAAUUGGAAAAUACUCACAAGGGUCAUUGAGUCCAAUUCAUGAUGCACCAUCCAAGUAUUAACUCACAAUAUGCUUCACCCUUGGGGGCUAGGGUGGAUUUUCAGCACAAUCUCUACCUGUAACUUGCACACUAUUGUGUUUGGAAAGCACUUGGGAACUUGAAGUAUACUAUAUGAAGUUAGGAUUUAUUUUGUUUUGAAAUUAAGCAAAUCACUCAUGCAAACAUAUUUUGAGGAUUUUUUUUCAUUUUUUUUUGAAAGAGAUUUUGAUAUAAUCUAAGUUUAUAGAUUCUACAAGAAAUAGAACUCUGCAUUUCCUGUUACUGAUGUUUUCUGAAACCUGUAAACUGAUCUCUGUUAGAGAAUGAGAACUUCGCGUUUUCAAAAUCAACAUCUCCCCUGAUGAUACGAAAAAUCAUAGUCCCUUCCAAAAAUUAUGUAAUUCAAAUUUCUUUAAAUUUUGGCCUUUAAGUAAUCACUAUACCCAUUUCUCACAUGGUGUAGGCUCUCUGCCUCACAAAAAACCAUGGCAUGGGUAUUAGUCUUAGUCUGCACCUAUUUUGUAAUAAUGAGACUAUACCAGUCUUUUAGAUGGUGGCUUUUUUCAGUCAGGGAUGUUAUCAUGCUUUAGAUAGAUCAACUCAUUUCUACUAUAGAUUUAUACUGUUGAGCACACUUUUUAAAAGAAAGACACACCUAAUCUCAGGCACCUUCUGGAGCACUGAAGUUCAGACCUGUUCAUUCUUGGCUUCUGUGAUGGUUCCAGAGACUGGCUCCAAGCCUAAGCUAAAAUGAUGGGACUCUGAAGACAUAUCUAAAUCUGGAAGGGAGAGUGAGGAACCCAAGAGGUUUGUUCACCUUGAAGAAAUUAUCACAAUGCAAGACAAGCCAUGAGUUUCAUCCCACUGCCUUCCCUGUGUGCCUCUGUGAGUGCCUUUUUGCUUUACCAGAAGUGCCUUUGGAGGAGAGGCUUGCUGCUGUUCCAGAGCACCUGGAGGAAGUGGCCACCUGUAAUUUGCUCAGGGCCAUCAGGGAAGUGACUCACAGUGCUGGGCUGGAAAACUGAGAAAGAUUUUGCUGAAGGACGCUGGGAUGUAAAAUCAGUGCAACCACGGAGCGUCUCAUUGAGUUUGAUACUGAAACCUUGUCAGGCAGGUUUGAAGUCAAAGGCCUUAUGAACUGUCCUCAAAAUGCUUAAUUGUGAGGGUGCUUCUGAGGUAUAUUUGGAGUGUAUGUGGGUAAGAGUUAACUUCAUUUAGGAUUUCUGUUGACUUGCCAUCUAAGGCUGGGGUUUUUUGUUUUCUUCGUUGUUUCAGUUUUUGGACAAACCAAGAUAUGUUUGCUUGGGGCAUAUGUGUUUACAACAAUAAAAACCAUAAGCCUGUUUACAAUUUUGAGUCUGAUGGAAUUUGAAAUAGCAGAUUUACUGCCCUUUGAAGUAGUUAAGUUAUGUAGCAAUAUCACAUAGCUCCAAAACAUCGCAGAGAACAGUUUGCAGCAUUGGAUUUAAUCUGUAAUAUUUGUGUAUUUCUGAAUAGUCACAUUUAAAAAUAAUCAGAAGGCCCAGUAAAGGCUGUUAAUGCUUUUUAAUGGGAUAUGUUUUCAGCUACUAUAAAUCUGUAGCUACAAGGCAGUGGGUCCAUGUCAGUUUAUAUUAACUGAACACUUUGCCCAGUGAUAAAAGGGCUGCAGAAAGUGGUGGCUGGGGUUGAGCCAUUUGAAUGUGGCUUACAAUACUAUUUCCAGAUCAGUUGUGCAGUUGCCUCUAAAACUGUAUAACACCCAGUCUGAAUUCAGACUCUUGGAAGGUAAACUUGGU